AUGUCUCCAACAUCUGGGCUGAUGGUGUUUGUGGGCGUUACGCUACUUCAGCUGUUUGGAUGUGCCAUUUGUUCACCGCUGGAUGCUUCGUCCGUGCACGUUACCAUCGAAACGAUACCAAAUCUGGAAGCGUUCCGUAAAGCAAACCCUAACCUAGAGAUUGCUCCACUAACAGCACGCUCGGAGCAGGUAAAGGACUCUGGCAGUACACGGCAGGUGAUCACUUAUACGGUCGGAUCGCACUCAGCCGGCGAACGACUGGUUGGCAUGGCGUCCAAUCAGCAAUCCUGGGCAACACUGCAAGACGUCACGCUCGACCUACAGUACCCAACGAACGGUGUUGGUGCGAUCGUGACGUACGUUGAGGUGGUGGUCAGUCAAAGUUCGUCCACUGGGCGGGGAUACAUCGUGUCGGGUGGUGUGGGACAGCGCAACAUACGGCUGGUAAUCGAAGCGUACAAUACACUCUUCUUCAACUACAAUGCUGCCAUUUAUGGAUGGUAA